UGCGGGGGGAGGGGGACGGAGGCAGUAGCGGAGAAACCUGACACUGACUCUCCGGGUGUGAGCCCUCCGCACACGUUACAUACACCGAUCCGAUGUAACAGCUCGGGCUGCGCUCUCUGUACCGGUUGUUUACAUGUACGGACCGAUAAUAUGUACACGGGGAGAGCUGUCGUGGAGGUUUACGUAGAGCAGAUGUCACAGAAGCCGAACCGGAACCGCUGAAUCAUGGGAUGGAACACAGUGUUAUAAGAGAGCUGACAGAAUGCACUAGAGGUCUUCACGGCAUCAUACAGAGGAAUCUGGAAGAUCCUCAAAACAAAAGGAGCUGCCGAGGGGGGAAUACAGAUACUGUGCCAAUGCAGCAACAAAAACGGCAGCCAGAGCUAGUGGAAGGAAGCCUUCCCGUGUUCGUCUUUCCAACCGAACUCAUAUUUUAUGCCGAUGAUCAGUCGACUCACAAGCAGGUGUUAACGUUGUAUAACCCCUAUGAAUUUGCCUUAAAGUUUAAAGUUCUCUGUACAUCCCCCAGUAAGUACGUUGUUGUAGAUGCUGCAGGUGCUGUGAAACCUCAGUGCUGUGUUGAUAUUGUUAUUCGACACAAGGAUGUCCGCGCCAGUCACUUUGGAGUAAUUGACAAAUUCCGUCUACAAGUGUCUGAACAAAGUCAAAGGAAGGCGUUGGGGCGGAAAGAGGUGAUAGCAACGCUUCUCCCGUCUGCGAAGGAGCAACAGCACAAAGAACAGGAGGAGAAGAGGAUCAAAGAACACCUAGAAGAAAGUGUUUUCUUUGAACAGACACCUUGCCAGCCAGAUGUCAGAAAUUCUUCCUCAGGACCUAGUUUGCUGAUGGUCUUCCUGGGCAUGGUUUGCAUAGCCGCACUCAUGAUGCCCACGCUGGGUGAAAUGGAAUCCAUGGUCCCCCUCUACCUCCACCUAAGUGUGAAUCAGAAAUUAGUGGCUGCCUAUGUGUUAGGUCUUAUAACAAUGGUGGUGCUGAGGACGUGAAGACCGUAGUCUAUUAGAACUGUGAAUGUGUCUGUUCAUCAUGUGGACCUGCCUUUCUCUCCCAUUGGGCCAAAGUGCGCACUUCAGAAGACUUGGCGAUGGUUUGAAGCAUAAACUACAAAAGUAUAAUAUAUAAUAUAUGUAUUACUGUAAUUGAGUGGAUGAAUGCAUAUUACCAGUGAAUCUGUUUAAGACAACCGAGAAUCUUUGUUUAAUGACGUCUGUGAUCCAGAUCUGAAGAGACUGCAUUUUAUAUGUAUGCCUAUAAAUGACUUUUAUCAUAAAAACAA